UUUGGAUAUGCCGGGACGCACAACAUGGAGUCAUUAAUGUUUUGCUAGCCAGCCGGUAGCAUUAGCCAGCUAGUUAGCUUUUCAUAAACGAGCAGGUAGGAUGGAAACCAGCGAUGGGUGAGUGUUGAAUACUAUCUUUGAAAAAAAAAUAAGUGUGUGACCUGUCUAUGAGAGCAGCUCCAGUGAACAAAAUGCAACAGUCUGUUCUGCAGACUCUCGCUUCAGUCAUUCGGGAGAUACGAUAUUCUCAGAGCUACAGUGCUAAGCUAAAAUGCUAGCAUGGUUUCACUGUUAUCAAGCUUUGAAUGUUGAUGUCUGAACAGCCCCAUGCUCCCCAGCACGAGUCUUAUGAGAGUACGGACAGAGCUGUGCUGGACUGUUUCAGCAUUUUCACUCUCUGCUGAGAUCAUAUCGAGAGUUUUUCAGGUAGAUUGGCAGAAUCUGGACUUUAAAAUAGUCUCUUAUUGUGCUAGCCAGUAGUGGGCUAACGCGACCCUUCAUCACAGACUCCUUCUGCUGCUGCAGGAUGAAAUGCACCAAAACAGUGAUGUUUGGUGCAUUUAUGCUGUUUUAUUAUCAAAUUUGCCUUCUGCAUACACACCUCUGCACAUUACAGAGGGAGCAAAGGCUCGCCCACAUGUACCAUUUGAAUUAAUGUUCAAGGUCUCAUCUUCCUCUGCAGAUGUUUUUACAUGUACAUAUUACACUCACUGAUUUUUUACACGUAGUGAUCAUUGUGUGUCUCGACUGCAGACCACCAUCAAUCUAACAGACUAGAUCUGCUCUGUUUGUGUCAAUGAUAUCCAUCCGCAGACAAGAUUACAAAUCUGGUUACAAUAUUGUUUAAAUGUUUUUGUACACAGUAAGUAAUCACAAAGCAAACUCUAGUGUGAAUGUAUGAAAAAAUAGGGUAUAAAUGUGUUAUGUGGCCAACAUAACAAAAAGCAGCAACAAUCACUAUCAAAAGGUUUUGGUAGAAAAGUAAUGCUGAGUGCACCAAAAAUAGAGGAUUGGGUAGAGGUAAUGAUUGAUAUAUAGAAUUAAGAUGCUGACUUUCUCAUCUAGAAUAAAAACAGAUACUUUCAAAAACUACUGGAAAACCUGGGCUGAUUUUGUGUCUCAACUGAGAGCAGACUUUGUGAAGAAGGGGCAUUGUGUAUUGUAGAUUACCGAUACUCUUGGUUCAGGCUACAAACUGGUUCAUUGUUCAUAUGUUUAUUAUGUUUAACCUCCAACAGGAGAAAAGAGACAAUGCAAGAGACGUACAAAAAUAAGGACAUGAGUGAAAAGUGUUUCAUUUUACUACACAGUUAUUCUACUGUAACUUUACAUAAGAAGUUUAUGUCUAACUAUGUCUGUGCUCUGUGGUGGAGAAAUAUUAUAUACAGUUGGAAAUGUGUUCAAAUGUUGAUGAAAUAUUGAUAUAUGAAAUCAAUAAAAAAGAAAAUAAAAAAAAAGAAAAAGUAAUGCUGUGUUUUUUCACCUGACAGUGAAAGCACGAUAACAUAACGUUAAGCUCAGAUGUCCCGUCUCUGUUAUUUCUUCCUCAGAAUGGAGGUAGAUGGCUGGGACCCCGGUCUGGAGGAAGAGCUGGGCGUUUCUCUGGAUGAGCUGAGGAAGUGGAUUGAAGAAGCUGUGGAGAAGAGCGAAGCUGUGCAGAAGAAAAAAGCUCAGCUGACAGAGCUCAAACAAUGGGUGGAGCAGAAAGAAGAGGAGGAAGCAAGAACGCAGAUGCUUCUCAAAGAUGCAAACCAGUAAGUUCGCACUUAACAUUAUCCAAGUGCUAUUUAAUAAAUGUAUUCAGCUUGUUUUAUAAACAGUACAUUUUUACAAGCACAUACCUUUUUCUCCAUCAGAUUUUAUUGUUAUUAUUAUACUACUACUUACUUACUAGUACUGAUUGGUUUCAACUCGGGUUCAUUUUACAAUUCACAGUAAAACAAAACAAAAAAAAGAAACAUUUCACUGUUCUGAGUUAUUUUGAAUAAUCACAUUUCUCUUUCAUUCCUUGUCAUUUGUCAAUUAUUUGAUGCUAAUGAUCAAGUCCAUACUUCCUGCUGAACCAGUUGCAAAAUGUAAUGGUGUCAAGCCCAUUGCACAAAUGUGAGCUGUGUUGUUUGGGAAAUUACCAGUGUACAUAUUUAUUGGCUUUAGCACUGGGAGGACAUUGAUACCUGCAAAUUCAAAAUAACUCCUACCCUAUCUGAAAUCUUGAACCCAUUUAGACCGGGAUGGUAUGCACACAUUUCAACCUUCCAAGCCGGGAGCACUCAUGCACAUUUCUAAACAUACGCACUUCAACCAUAGACUGUAUAUAGAAUGGACAGCAUCUGCCUCCUCGCUGGCUGAAACCACUACAAGAACAGCACACGCUGGUGACUGGCUGCAGUAUAAGUCAUAAAUCCCACCUCCUCCAGCCAUUCUUAUGGAGUUGUGGACAAACUUUAGAAUUUUUCUCCCCUCUGCUUGCCAUGUUGACGUAGUUUUUGCAAGACUGGUUUGUGCUCAAGUCCUCUUUUUCUGUACAGCUCCAGUUUUAAAAGUUAUAAGGGGGGUUCAUGUUUUCUAUGAUUGACACUCAAAGAUUGCGUAGCUCAUCCGGGGGAUUCGCUGUUUGAGCCGAGCAUUAUCACAGUGACUCUCUGCAACUCUCCCGCCUGAAUGCGUACAAUGCUACUGCGCAAGUUGUGGAGUGUGUACAACGCUACUGCACAAUGUUGGUUUCAGGAAGUGGAGAAAAAACGUGGAGUUACCAAGCGCUUUUCGGCUUCAAAUCUGUAUAACGGCGGAAGGCGGUACGUACAUACAAAGACAUACGUUUCACACAUGCGCAGUACAAAUCAGAGUUUUUACAUUUUUAUUAUUAUUAUUAUUUUGGGCAGUUUUCCGGGACGGAUCGGGGGCAGCGUUUAUUUUCUUAGUAAACAGACAUCAUGUACGGUUCUGAGCCACACCGGCUGCCUCUUUCUUCAUCCUCCCAGUAAAAUCAUAAAUCCAGCAACCAUUACAGUGACAGGAGCUAAAUUAUACUUCUGAUUGUUAGUGAUUCCACCCGCCUUUGAACCCCUUUACUGUUUGACAUGUUUCUGCACAAUCAAGUCAAAGGUCAGCACAGAGAAAGAUUUCCAACUUCAGUUUGAUCUUUCCAAACCAUGUCUUUUGUGUUUUUCAUUUAUUUAUGUAUUUAUUUAUUUAUUUUGUCAGUAAGACAAAGGUGGACACAUACGGAACUUUUAUUUUUAUUUUGUUUCCUCCUGCUCGGUUUUUGCUGGUGCACUACCUGCAAACCCCGUCGCGAGUGUGCAUCGGUGCAGAUUCGCAUUUGAAGGGCUGAACGGUCCACUCGCCCUCCGCACUCUGUGGUUUGGGAAGGCCUUCAAUAUGGCGGAGCCUCCGCGGGGACGCGCAAACGGAGGGACAGUGGGCGAGUGUGUAGGGUGCGUGUGUGUAGGGAUUUGGGAUUGGGCCGGCGACUUUCCCGCCAAAUGCGUACAAUGCUACUGCGUAGGUAGUGGGGUGUACAACGCUACUGCGCUAUGUUGGUUUCAGGAAUUGGAGAAAAAACGCGGAGUUACUGAGAGCUUUUCGGCUUCAAAUUCGUAAACUGACGGAAGGUGGAACCAAGUUCUCCAUAGUUUAUACAGUUGUAACAUACUUUUCGUUGUAGCAGCUCUUAGUGGAGUUUAGGUAGGCACGGUUCAGGCCACAGGAUGUGACGAGGUUUAUUUUGAAGGAAUACCGGAAGUAGUUGUUGUGGUUACCAGGUCUGGGUGAUGAGGAAUAAGAAAAAUAAAUUAAAAAUUAUAUAGCAAAAUAAAGAACUACACAAAUGAUAGUCUUCCGUGUUGGCAGCAGCAUACGCUUGUUUUUAAAAUCCGUUGUCUUUUUCUCAUGAACUCUGACCCGGUAACCACAACAACCACUUCCGAUAUUCCUUCAAAAUAAAACCCGGCACAUCCUGUUUGCUGAACCAUGCCUACAUAAACUCCACUGAGAGCUGCUACAACAAAAAGUAGCUUGCAGCUUUCUUCCCUUCGAACCGGGAGCGCGAAAACGCCAUUUUGUAGCAGUAGUUUCUCAAUCGUUUCUGGAGUCGUGUCGAGUCAAAUCAUCACACCCGUCUGCCUCUGAAAGGCUAAAACAGCUUAACAAAGCGACCGGAUUCAUGCUCGGAUCUUGCAACGUGCUUCGCGAGGAAAGUGAACAAUGAUGGAGGCAGAAAGCAGCUUCGGAGGAGAAGCAUCCAGCUUUAGCGAAGGUAGUGAUAUCGACAGAAAAGACGAGGUUGACAAUUCCUAUUGUGAACCUUAUGAGCCAGAAGAUGAGGAUUCGUGGAUGAGAGAAGUGUCCUGUGACGAAGAAGACGAAGACGACAACAAAGAAGGAAUUAAAGACUCCGCAACACAGUGGAAAACUGACGAUUACCACCGUAUUUUCACAAGCUCUUUCAACCGCAGACCGGGCGUAAAAGUUGAUCUGCCUAAAGACUCAACUCCGAUGGAGGCUUUUGCACAUAUUUUUACGGAAGAACUUUGGUCACACCUGGUCACCCAGACGAAUAUCUAUGCAUCCCAGACAACAUGUAAAACACCGUCCAGGCCAAAGGCUGCGAAGUGGGCUCCUGUGACUCAGGCGGAAAUGAAAACAUUCAUCGGACUUUGUAUCGCCAUGGGACUCAUUCAUCUGCCUGUACGGAGGGACUAUUGGCGACAUAAGAAAGAUUUAUUCCAGACGAGGAUCUCCAAGUACAUGUCCCGGGACAAAUAUCAUCUUAUAUGGAGGUAAGAAUAAAUAAAUAUAAUAAAUAAUAUCAAUGAUGAUAAUAACAAUAAUAAAAAUGAUGAUGAUAGUGAUAACAAUAGGUCCUCCUUUCAACAUGUAUUGUUUUCACUCACAAUUAGACUAAUUAUUUCAAAUAUAUAAGUUUUUAUUUUGUCUGAUCUGUAGCUCUUUGAGAUUGCUAAAAUAUAAAGUGCAAUGUAAACAAAUUGCAUUAUUACUAUGACAAUUGUAGGAAAUGAUGAUGACACUAAUUCUACAUCCUACUUUUUCUAGUUUCAUAGUAGUGUCUUUGUUUACAGUUUGAUUUUAUUGAUAAGAAAUGAUGAUUUUUAUAGCAAGGAGGGGUUGAUAAAGGGCAUGAUAAUAUAUUAUGUUAUCAUUUUUAUAUUUCAGAUAUCUUCACCUCCAGGACAACCGCGCAGCUGAUGUCAACCGAAGUGACAAGCUGUGGAAAAUGAGAUGGUUCCUGAACUACCUCCAUGUUAGGUUCCAAUCACUCUACGAGGUUGAUGGCACUGUGACUGUGGAUGAGAGCAUGAUAAAGUUCAAGGGAAAUCUCUCUUUCCGACAAUAUCUCCCCACGAAAUCAACAAAAUGGGGCAUCAAGGUGUGGGUCAUGGCGGAGAGCUCCACAGGCUAUGUGUCAAACUUUCAGGUAAAAUAAAAGAGAGAGUAAAAUCAGUGGAGCAAGUAGCUUGUCUAAAUAAAGAUGCAUUGUUGUAUAACUACAUGUAAAGUUAUUGUUGUACAGUAAUGUAUUAUUCCUCUCUCUUAUUCUUACAAACCUCUAGGUGUACACGGGUCGUGAGGGAACUGAGGAGAAGGGACUUGGACACCGUGUGGUAAUGGAUUUAGCCAGGCCUUAUUACGGCUCUCAUUUGUCUAUUUACAUGGACAGCUUCUACACUGGGGUGGAGCUCUUCCGGGAAAUGAAGACCUAUGGUCUGAACGCCUGUGGUACUGUCCGUGCCAAUAGGAAAGGACUCCCAAAGACCGACAUGCUGACCAAAAGAGAAUCCCCGAGAGGGCAUGAAUUUAGAGUGGCUCAAAAAGACGAGCUCACUUUCUGUAUUUGGCAGGACACCAAAACUCUCAUGGUACUCUCAAACCACCACGAUCCCACCGCGACAGGGACAGUGACCCGGAAGAAAGAGGGAGCCGGCCAAACUGAUGUGGUAGUACCAGCUUGCCUUGCUGACUACCAGAAACACAUGAAAGGUUUGUUAGUUUUUAUUGGCAAAAUGCAAAUAUUUGCUCAUUAUUAUGUAUUGUAUCUUUCAAGAGGAUAAAACAAACAGAAGCUUGAGAGAGUAUUCUUACUAUGGUCCUGAGUGAAAAUGUGUGCGUGUCAUGUGUUUGUGCUAGGUGUGGAUCUUCUUGAUCAGAUGGUCGGCUACUAUGGGUUCCAGCAUCGAUCCAAAAAGUGGUGGAGGAGGGUUUUCUUUUACUUCUUGGGAGUGUCCUGCCACAAUGCAUAUGUUGCUGCAAAGUCUGUUGGAGGAACAGCCUUCAAGAGGAAGUAUACGACAUACAAGAACUGGCUGGAGGACCUGGCAGAGCAACUCAUAACACCAGUGUUAGCUAGAUGCGCUCCUGAGUUUCCUCCUUCUCCCUCUCCUUCCCUUGCUCCAGUGGCCAGUAGAACCACAACUCCCCCAAAGCAUGACUUCGGCAAGAUUUUUCAGAAGAGGAAGGCCUGCAGGGAGUGUCAGCUUCUCCCUGAAAAUGAGAGAGCUGGUGGACCUACAGUCUAUGGCUGUAAGCAGUGUGAACAACCGCUUCAUAUAGAGUGCUUUGGCUCACACUAUCGGCGUUUUUUGUGAGCGUUGCAUGACUUUGGAUGAGCUAAGAGAUGAACACACUGUCACCCACUCAUUUAUGUAUUUGUUGGUUUUUUUUUGGUUUAGUGCUGCUUUUUGUACUGGCACUACACAAGGGCAGCUGCAUACCCUUUCAACAUUUUUUUAUGUUUACAUUUGUAUUGAAUGGACACUUCAUCGUGACUGCCAUUGUUUUACAGAAAGCAAAUUGUUUGUUAUUCUCCGGUGCAGAGUCUUUACUUUUGUUUAUACAGCCGCUUUAUUUCAUUUGAGUUUGUUUGUUCAAGGUUUUCACUAAUGUGGGGAAGGUUCCGACAAAUAAAGGAGUUUUCUUGAAAGCCAUGUGUGUAAGCUCUCAACUACUUUUUGAAUUGUGUUUCUAUCUGCUACAGAGGCCGAGAUAUCAGCUUUUUUUUCAGGAUCUGGGGGCCCUUCUCAAAAGUGCGUUCAGGAUUUCAGAGGCAUGUCUCAGACAGGGUUCAGGUCUUAAUGGAUUAAUAGCCAGCUGUGUCUCAUGAGUGCAGCACGAGUGGAAUUGUAUACAUUGGUGAAGAAACUUAGAUCGAUCAUAACAUACAACCCACUUUAUAUUCGAAUAUAUUGUGAUAUUUGACAUGCACAUCGUUCUUCGUUACUGCUGUGAUGUAAAUUCAGGCUAAUCUUGUUUAAGUCUCACAUGCUCAGACUUUUCUCUUAUCCUGCAGGUCCAUAUUGGAGUGUGAGAAACUGGUGAAGGAAACGUAUCAGAAGAAUGGUCUGGUUUACCGUGAGAGCAGCUCAGAAGAUGAGGGAGGUGGAGGAGGCCUGCUGUCCUCUGAAGUCAUCGAGAUAGAUGAUGACGACGAUGAUGAUGUUAUUGCCGUUGGCUGUUGUAAGUCCCUGUUUUAUGAGAACAGACACCAUAUACGGCUACUACAACAGACAAACAGCCAAGUUUAUUUUUUCAAAUACCCACAAAUCUUUGAUUUGUCUCAACAUUUCAGUGGUUCCCCCAAAGAAGCCAAUCACCACGAGCAAAGAUCCUCUGGUAAGAAGACCGUAAAACAUCAUCAUGUUGCUAGUUUCCUUGUACUUAAUUUUCAGGCUGAUGACUCCGGCAGGUCUGAGGGUAGCUAACUUGUGUUCACUUUUUAUCUCGACAUUUCAAUAACACUGAAACAACCAAUACAAAGUCAGAUGAUUAUGUCUUGAAUUAGAAGUACAACUUUCAAAACUUGACCUGUGAAUCCUUUAGACGUAAGACAAAACAAGAAAUCAGCUUUGCAUAAUGUGCCCUCUUCACAUGUUUUAACACAAAAUGUCAGUUUCAGGGAAAAGACUUUUUGAACAUUAACAAGAUCAAUUUUCUGUGUCUCUUGAGGGGCACUGAUGGCGUGGCGGUCUUUGCAGAUGCUGUGGUAUUUGUCACAGUGGUUGCAAAAAUGCCAUAUCAUAUGCCUGCCAUAUCUUCCUCCCCCAAAAAGAGUAUAAAAAAAAACACUUGUUUGUCCUCAAGAUAAUCAAUAAUAAGUGACUAACAGUAUAUUUUUAUGAGUAUUGCAUAUAUAUAAACAAACAGGGAUAUCCAUGUAGUGAAAUGCAGUUUAAUAGUUUAAUUUAUGUAAAUGUGUUACUGAUAGUGGGGAAAAAAUGUUAUCAAAACUGUUAUUUUCAAAAUUACAUGUAGACAACAAACCUUUACCAACAGAAAUUUUUUUUUUUCCAAGUGAAGUUUACUCAAAAAGAGAAUGACCAUCACUCUCUGAAAUGUAGUUAUUAUAAUUCAAAAAAAGUUUGCAUCGAAAACCACACAAGAAAAAUGAUCUGUCCUGAUUUCAUCAUGGACAGUUUGAAGGAAAUGCUCCUCUGCUGUUUUCUGCUUCUCUGGACAAACUGCUGCACCAGAGGAUUGUAGAAAUGUGAAUAAGGAAAUAGAGAUGUUUGCCAUAAACCAACUAUAUCCACUCAAGUAUUUAUCUGUACACGUAGUUAAUGAUGUCCUCUGUAUUGAUUUCAUCAGGUGAAAGACACCUCUGCAGCUAUAGAAAAAACUUCACAGCAGGUUCAGAAGUUGGUCCACAUGAUCAGCAAACCCUCCACAGCAGCUUCAUUAAUUCGGUCUCCAACACAGCCUUCAUCCCAAACAGGUGAACAUUUGCAGUCCCUUAACUGCUUUACUCUCAUUACACACAUCCUAAGGUAUAUUACUCACUUGUUGUUCAUAUGGCUCUUGUAUCCGUCAGGUAUCCAGAGUGCUGCACCAGCAGUGUUUGUUUCCCAAGUUUCUUCUCAUUCAAUGACUCAGCCGAACCCGAAUAUCACAGAAGACGAGCUCCGAGUCGGGAUGAACAUUCUGGGGAAGAAGCGCACCAAGACGUGGCACAGAGGAGCCCUUGUUGCCAUCAACCCUAUUGGUUUGUGACAAGAAUGUUGUUGGUGCUGCUUUUAGGACAACUUUUACAAUAAUAUUUAACGUUCAUCGUUUUGGAUUUCCUGAAUCUUUUCUUUUUAUAAUGUUAAAUCUAUGACAUGCUCUCUUUAAUGCGAUGUAUCCUUGGUCUAAUUCCAGGAAACGGUGUAUUCAAGUAUAAGGUGAAGUUUGAUAAAGGAAAGAGUCUGCUGUCUGGAAACCAUGUGGCAUUUGACUAUAACCCCACCCUCGAGAGUCUGUUUGUUGGGGCUCGUGUGGUCGCCAAGUACAAGGACGGUAACCUGGUGUGGCUUUAUGCGGGGAUAGUGGCAGAGAUGCCCAACAACAAGAACCGCAUGAGGUGAGCUGAUAUGUUUGAAUUUUGCUAAUGAACUGUCUCAACCAAGAUGAAAACUACAAUGUAGUUCAUAAUUGAUGUUUUGUUGUGUUUGAUUCAGGUUUCUGAUCUUCUUUGAUGAUGGUUAUGCUUCUUAUGUGACCCUACCUGAGCUCUUCCCUGUUUGCCGACCAUGUAAGUUCCUGUUUUCCUUUUUUUUUUCUCCUUCUCUCUCUUACCCUUCAAAGCCUGAUAAAUGCCGCUCUAAAUCGACUUGUUUUCACAGUGAAGCGUACCUGGGAGGACAUAGAGGAUGCAUCAUGUCGAGACUUCAUUGAGGAGUACAUCACUGCAUAUCCCAGCAGGCCUAUGGUGCUUCUAAAGGUUGGACAGAUCAUUAAGACAGAGUGGGAAGGUACCUGGUGGAAGAGCAAAGUGGAGGAAGUGGACGGAAGCCUGGUCAAAAUCCUCUUUCUGGUAUGCGGUUUUAAAAUGUCAAGUUUCAAACACUUUUUACAGCUUUCAGGAGAAACAAAGUUACAGUUGUGUGAAAAAGUGUUCGCCCCUUUCCUGAUUUGUUAUUUUUUUGCAUGUUUGUCACACCUAAUGUUAGUCAAAGAAGACACAAGUGAACACAAAAUGCAGUUUUUAAAUGGAGGUUUUUAUUAUUUAGGUAGAAAAAAAUUCCAAACCCUACAUUGCCCGGGGCAAAAAAUUGAUUGCCUGACAGAGUGAAGUAAGAGCUAGACAUCAUGCAGAGAUCUAAAGAAAUUCACAAACAAAUGAGAAAGAAAGCAAUUGAGCUCUAUCAGUCUGGAAAAGGUUAUAAAGCCAUUUCUAAAGCUUUGGGACUCCAGAGAACCACAGUGAGGGCUAAUAUCCACAAAUGGCAAAAACAUGGAGCAGUGGUGAACCUUCCCAGGAGUGGCCAGCCAACCAAAAUUACCCCAUAAGUGCAGAGACUACUCAUCCAAGAGGUCAAAAAAGACCCCACAACAACAUCCGAAGAACUGCAGGCCUCACUUGCCUCAGUUAAGGUCAGUGUUUAUGACGCCACUAUAAGAAUGACAUUGGGCAAAAAUAGCCUGCAAGACACAGUUCCCAGAAGAAAACCAAUACUGAACAAAAAGAACAUUAAAGCUCGUCUCAAUUUUGCUGGAAAACGUCUUGAUAAUUCCCAAGAACUUUGGGAAAAUACUCUGGGUCUGACGUAAAAGUAACGCCGCAUUUCAGGAAAAGAACAUCAUACCAACAGUAAAAUAUGGUGGUGGUAAUGUGAUGGUUCUGAAACAUAUAAGUGUGACAAACAUGCAAAAAAAUAAGAAAUCAGGAAGGGGCCAAACACUUUUUCACACCACUGUAGAUCUAACUUGAGUGUAAAAAGGGUUAAAAGUGCUUUAACAGUGAAUGUUUAAUGACAGUGAGUACACUUUCUGUGCUUCUUCAGGAUGAUAAGAGGAGUGAGUGGAUCUACAGAGGAUCCACCAGGUUGGAGCCAAUGUUUAACCUGAAGAUGACUACGGCUAACACUCAGGAGAAGAAGCUGGCAGGGCAGCAGAGGACCCGACCUAAUAUGGGUAAACCUCAAGAGAUUAUUACUCAGAGAUGUGAUUCUUUUUCUCUGUUUUCUGCUCUGUAGAUUGUGACUCUAAAUGGACUUUUUUCAGAUUUAGCCUUUAUGUUCGAAGCCAUGCUGUGUUACUAAAUGUGGUUAAAGAUUUAUGCACAUGCAUGUAACAUCUUGAUGGUAAUUUAAUGAUGGUAGUUGGACUGAAAAUUAUGGGUAGACUUAAAAAAAAAAGUGUAGAUAAAUGGCGUGAAUGUGAGUAUGUGUGUGCACGCAGACUUUAUGCUUACAUUGCACAGUCAGUGCAUCAGUUUUGGUGCUCCAUUCAGAAUAGUCUGGAUCCACCUGUUGCACAUUUGUGUGCAUAAUAUAACAACACAGCAGAAUUGGUGUGAAAAACUAAAACCAGUGCACAUCAUAAUGUAAAGUAAACAUAUUUUUACUCUGUAAUAUAUUUGAACCAUGAGGGAUUUGACUUUGACUUGCAAAAAGUGACUUACAUCCAUCUCUAGCAUGUACAAACAUUCCCAAAAAGUUUAACCUUCACCUGCCACUGUAGUAUUUAAGCAACACUUUUUAAUCAUUCACUACUUUUUAUCUGUGGGUUUCAAUCUCCAGGAGCGCUGAGGAGCAAAGGCCCAGUGGUUCAGUACACCAGCGAUGGACACGUUGGAGCCACUCCUGUCAAAGCACCGCCGUCCUCUACAAGUCAACCCUCACAAACACCUCAACCUUCAGCCCGUCCUCAGCCCACAACGCCACAGCAAACCCCUCAGCCUCUGCAGCCCGCACAGACUCCACAACCUCUUCGUGUCGAGUGAGUGAUCAUUACUGAACAUCCAGUACUCUUACUUUAAGAGAGUUUGCUGCGAUGCAUUCACUUAAAUAAUGGAGAAAUUUUACUUUGAUGCAACUAAAUUACAUUUUAGUCAUUUUUGUAGAAAGAUUAGCAAGGACUUAAUUACUGACAGUUUUUUUAAAAUAUCUUAAAGCAAUAAACAUCAAAUGGCAAAGAAGAGCACUUCUCCGUUUGUCCCCGGGGUGGGAGGAACUCACGCCUCCAAAGUCAUGCAGUCUCUCACUACUAGUCCCAGCACCUUCACUGGGUGAGUCAGCUUCAUUGUUGUGUUUACCGAGUCUUUGACACUGAAAAAGGAUUGUUGACAGCGAUAUCUUUGUGUGUUCUUAUAUGCUGACCUUUCUAUCUUUCUUUUACAGAGUACGAAUAAUACCUGCUCAAAAUAGCCCUGCAGUCACUUUCACACAACCGUUUCAGAGGCAGCUGCCCAUUGUUGCUUCAGUGCCCCCUCCUAUCACCCAUGCAACGGCCACAAUCCCACACCAGCCUGCUUACCGUGCCCCGACUGACCGCAUCUUCUACCUGGCACACACUUGUCAGCCUGCGUGUCUUAACAGGGUCCGACCUGGGAAAUCAGACAUGCAUCGAGGCAAAAACCCCCUCCUCACGCCUUUACUGUACGAUUUCAGACGUAUGACUGGACGACGCAAAGUCAACCGCAAGGUGAAGUUGAUAGACGAGUUCUGCCGUGGAAAACCUGCCUCAAACAUGAAGAAGAUUUGCCUUUUGAUAACACUGAAUUGAUUGAUUAUUUUGUUCAUCCUCUAGAUGUCCUUCCAUGUGAUCUACAAGGCUCCUUGUGGUCUUUGCCUGCGUAACAUGUCAGAGAUCCAGCAAUACCUCUUCCAGACUCGCUGUGACUUCAUCUUCUUAGAGAUGUUCUGUCUCGACCCCUACGUACUUGUGGACCGGCCGUUCCAGCCCCAGAGGCCUUUUUACUACAUCCCUGAUAUCACGGGUGGAAAAGAGGACAUCCCACUCUCCUGCGUCAAUGAAAUCGAUUCCACCCCGCCUCCUAAAGUAGCUUACAGUAAGACUUGCACUGAGAUCAGAACAAAGGAGAGAUUAACUUGGGGCUGUGCCGGGAUCAGACUACUUAAUAUUUUUUGUCUUACGAGAAGAUCACUGCAUCAGAUUAGAGGUUCAUCGAGUCUUAAAGGGGAACUUAAAAGAUCUUCACAUCCAAGACUGUGAGGUCCCUUAUGGCGAGGCCUUCAGGGUUAUUGUGCAGAAAGUUUUAAAAAUAGAGAGAAAUCAGAAAAGAGAUCUUCAUGCAGCUUCUUUUUCUUUCCACUGAAAAAGAGACUGAUUGAUCUUCUCUCCUCUCUUCAAGGUAAAGAGCGUAUUCCCGAAGAUGGAGUUUAUAUCAACACCAGUGCGGACUUCUUGGUCGGGUGUGAUUGCACUGACGGCUGUCGAGACAAGUCAGUGGAGCUGCUCAUAAAUGACCCACCGUUUUAUUAAAUCCUCUCACUGUUGAUAUUCUGAGCACAGCUUUUUCUCUUUAUUACAGGUCCAAGUGUUCGUGUCACCAGCUGACCCUGCAGGCCACAGGCUGCACGCCAGGGGGGCAGAUCAACCCAAACGCUGGAUACUCGUACAAACGACUAGAGGAGUGCCUCCCCACAGGGUCUGAUAUGAAACACACACCAAAGCACCUCCAACCCCACAAGAAGAUAAUUAAAAUAAUUGUUAAAUUUCUGAAGGUAUCAUCCAUCCUGCUCUCUGCCUGUUUUUCUUCCCUCUCAGGAUCUACGAGUGUAAUAAAAGGUGUAAAUGCUGCUCUCAGAUGUGCACGAAUCGGUUGGUGCAGCACGGCCUGCAAGUCCGACUCCAGCUCUUUAAGACCCAGAACAAAGGCUGGGGUAUCAGAUGUCUUGACGAUGUGGCUAAGGGUUCGUUUGUGUGCAUCUAUGCUGGUGAGAAACUGACUUAUCAUGGAGGGUUUAUUAGGAGGGAAUGAAAAAAAUAAAGAUCAUGCAAGUGAAAUCUAAACCUCUCUUUCAGGUAAAAUCUUGACAGAUGACUUUGCUGACAAAGAGGGUCUGGAAAUGGGUGACGAGUAUUUUGCUAACCUGGACCACAUAGAGAGUGUGGAGAACUUCAAGGAAGGCUAUGAGAGCGAGGCCCACUGCUCGGACAGUGAGGGGAGCGGUGUGGAUGUGUCGAGGAUGAAAAUUCAACCAUCAGCUUUAGUGUCCCAGAACUCCCGCGGGCCGACCAAAAAGAGUGAGUCCACUCCCAAAUAUGUUCUUUUGAUCCCAGCUCCUCAGUCUCUAUGUUGUUUUCACUCUUUCUCUCCCUGCCACAGCUCGAAGCGUGAGCUCCUCAGGGGACAGCAACGAUGAGGAUGACAAGGAUUCAAAGAGCGAAGAUGAUAGUGACAGUUCGGAUGACACUUUUGUGAAGGAGAACUACUUUAACUCCAGCUCUGUGUGGAGGAGUUACACCACACGAGGUCAAGUUAAAGGCAACAAAGAAGGUGAGCUACAGGAAGAUCUUGACAGAUUUUAACUGCGGAAUAGUUCAAAUUGUAAGUAAAUGUGUUUAGUUUAUAUAUUUUCUUUCAUAUACCAACAUAUCUAUAAAACAUCUGUAGUGUCCACAUAAGACCUGGUGGCGGUUAUACCUUUUUCAAUUAUUUAAAUCGAAUCACAAUCAUCUAUUUGUAAUCUGGUCUUAUCAACAUUCAAAAAUAAUUGAGUCAAAUUUCAAGUCAUAAUUGAGUUAAAAUGGACUGAGGUGGAAAUACUGUCCUGUUGGCUGAAAAAUCAAAAUAUAACAUCUUUGUGGAAGUCAUGGACACCACAUCCUCUACUCUUAAGAGGAGAGAGAGACGACCCAGAUUGUUAUCAGUGCAGUUAAAAAUCAGCCUCCAUGAUGGUGUAAGGAUGCAUAAGUGCCCUUGACACUGGAAAGCCCUGUUAAUGCUGAACAACAUGUGCAGGAUUUGAAGCAACAUAUGCUGCAAACGAGACAAUGUCAAAAGACAAAGGUCUCUUACAGAGUAGACCUGACAUAUUUCAACAAGACAAGGCCACACCGUACUCUGCACAAUAACAAUAACAAUAUCAUUGGCUCCAUAGUAAAAGAUUCAAAGUACAUCUCCCUGGUCCCCACAUUGAGGACACUUAAAUGGAUAUUCUGGUGUAAAUUAAUUUAGGGUCAAACACAUAACCACACAUAAACCUCAACCAAAAAGUCACUCUAUAGCCACCAAUAAUGCUCAGAACAGCACCUAACUUCACCAACAGUACAUAUAGGGUCCCAGCCACAGCACUUGCCACCAAACAUCUUUUUAGCUUUGCCUGAUUUCUUUAGCAAAGAGACUAAACAUAACUCACCUACUCUCUUCCAGCAGCUGCUUGUUUACAGCGAGACCUUGGACUAGUCCAUAACUCGGUGUUACGUUGUGUUUGACCUUAAAUUAAUUUUAUGCCGGAAUAUCCCUUUAAGACAUUGUAAAAUGAAAACUAAGACAAAGGAAACCCUAAACUGUUCAGCAGCUGAAACCCUCGAUCAGGCAAGAAUGGGACACAUUUUAUUUACAACACUCUAUAAACUGGUCUCCCUGGUCCCCAGUCAUUAACAGAGGGUUGUUAAAGAGGAUGUGAUGGAUGAACACAAUGGCAAACGUGACUCUAUCUAAACUUUUUUUAGAUAUUUUGCUGGUUUCUAAUUAAAAUUGAGUUUCAACAUUGUAUAUCUUGUCUUUGCUAUUUUCAAUUAUGUUUUUGUCAGUACAUUAUCCCACCUUUUUUAUUGGAGUUGGUUUUUGAGUUGAUUAAAACAACACUUUGACUUUUAGAGUGAAUUGCAGUUCAGAUUUUGUGGGAUAUCUCUCACGGUUAAGUUCUGAUGUUAUGAGGCAGUUUGUUAGUUUGACACACCUUUCUAUUUCCUGUUUCAGAGAGUCAAGACAGUAAAGAUGGAUUGAGUACUUCAGUCAAAGAAACUGAGGAGGGCAAGCCCCCGUCCAUGCCUGAGGAGUUGGGGAAGAGUAAGGUGGCUUUAUGGCUCACUACCCAGGGACUGAAGAAGGUGACGAAAGAGACAAUGUUUUAUAAUGAACGUUUUUCAUCCCACUGCUCCUGCCCAUCAGAAAAUACAACUAAGACAUUAAAUUUUUUUACCAAAGCGGGCAACCUUGAAGGCAGCCCUUAUAUUGGAAUAUUUAGUUUGAUGAUUAUUUUUUAUAAUACAUAAAACUACUUUUUCUUUACAGGAUUCUGGAGACAGUAAAAGGUGAGUUUUAGUUCAGUUUUUCUAAAUUGUAAUUUUGUUUUAUUGGGCAAAAGUUUUCCUUUGCAAACGAUCUCCUGAUUUAAAGUUUGAUCAGUGGUAAGAAUAGUUUUGUGUUUCUUGCAGUCAAGUGAAGACGGACACAGGGAAGAAGCAGGAUGUGAUGACUCUUUCCGACAGCGAUGAUGUUCAGACCAUCAGUUCAGGAUCUGAUGACAACAAGGAGAGAGAAAAAGUUACCCCAGGUGAGGAGGAGAAGAAGAGAAAACUCGAACUUUGAUUUACACCACAGUGACUUUUGACUCUUAAUUCAUUUGUCUCCUUUCAUUGCUGUUCUGGCUCAGGUGUGACAAAGAAACAGGUAGCUGUGAAAUCAACUCGAGGCAUCGCCCUGAAGGGCAGCCACGGGAUGAUGGUGAAAUCAGGUCAACCCGGGGGUACAGGAGGGCAGGGGGGUCAGGGAGGCAAAUCAGGACAGCAGGGACAGACGGGAGCAGGAGGUGAAAACGUUUCAAAAAACACACGUCUGUUCUUCGAUGGCGAAGAGUCCUGUUACAUCAUCGAUGCCAAGUUGGAAGGAAAUCUUGGACGUUACCUCAAUGUAAGUGUGUAAUAUUCUGAUUUCAUUGUAUCUACUCUAAUUCUCUUUCUUCAAACUUAAUUAUUCAUCUUAUCUGCUGUCUGCAUUACAGCAUAGCUGCAGCCCGAACCUUUUUGUCCAGAACGUGUUUGUGGACACACAUGACCUGCGGUUUCCCUGGGUGGCAUUCUUUGCCAGCAAGUGAGUUUUUUUCUUGGGGAUUCUGAGUUUAUCUUCUCUUGGGAAAUGAUGCAAAGCUAAAUAAUAAAUGACGAGAAAAUAGAUCAGUUAUUCAGGCAUCAGUAGCUAUUGAAACUACACAGAAAACAUUGUGAGGCUGAUAACUGUAAUUACAUCACGGCUUUAGCUUUAUUUUAUUCAGCCGCAGCUUUAGGUUCUAGUUUUUCCAGAAGAUUCUGUUAUUGAUAACCGAAACCAUGCAGACCACUUUUCUGUACUUAUUACGGUCUCAUUUCCUCUUUCAGGCGGAUCCGAGCAGGCACAGAGCUGACCUGGGACUACAACUAUGAGGUAGGCAGUGUGGAGGGAAAGGUGCUGCUCUGCUGCUGUGGAUCCACUGAGUGCAGAGGAAGACUGCUGUGAUUUUAAUCCAUCAACCUCAUACCUUUUACUGCAUUUAUAGGAUACUUAGAGGAGCCCUUCAACACUGUAACUGUGUGUUUUGUUUUUUUAUGUCAAUCCAUUUGUUUUAUUAUAUUGCAGCUGUUUAUUUGCCUUUAUUUUAUAUUAAAACAUGUUCUUCUUUUGUUUUAUUUUACCUAUGCCGUGUUUCUGAAUAAAACGAUCUUUUUUCUUCACAGA